UUAAUCAUCCUCAUUUGUUUUAGAUCGAUUGAAAAAGAAAGGGAAAGAAGAGAAGGAAGGAUUUUGUUCAACAAUGCAAAUUCCAAUGCUUUUACAACAUUGUCUCUUAUUAUCAUCACUUCUUUUUUCAUUACAACAAUUACCUACCUAUGCUGCCCCUAAGUUUUAUAUAGUCUACUUGGGCUCUCACCACGCAGAACCUCGUUUAUUAGCCAGUCCCGAGACUAUUACAAAGUCCCAUCAUGACUUGAUUUCUUCUGUAUUAAGGAGUGAUUCUGUAUCAUCUUCAGAAAGGAUAAUAUAUUCUUAUAAUAAGAUAUAUAAUGGCUUUGCUGCAACAUUACACGAAGAAGAGGCCAAUGAGCUCUCAAAGCAUCCAAGUGUUGUAUCAAUAUUUGAAAGUCGAAUUCUUGAAUCGACAACGACUCGAUCAGCGGAUUUCUUAGGAUUACAUUAUCCACCUUCCAACCUUGAAGAUUCAAUAUGGCAUAAGGCAAACUUAGGAGAUGAUAUCAUUUUAGCAAACAUAGAUUCCGGUGUGUGGCCGGAGAUUCAAAGCUUUUCUGAUGAUGAAAACUAUGGCCCGAUUCCCAAAAAGUUCAAAGGAGCCUGCGAAAAUAAAUAUGAUCCGACAUUCAAGUGCAAUAGGAAGCUUAUAGGAGCCAGAUAUUUUUACAAGGGCAUGGAGAAGCAUAGUAAUAUACAAGAAAAUUGUACCUUCAAUCAAAAGUUGAGCCCUAGAGAUGACACAGACGGGCAUGGCACCCACACCCUAUCAACGGCGGGAGGGAGUAUCGUCCCAUACGCAAGCUGGGGAGGACUCGCGAAUGGGACAGCUAAAGGAAUGGCACCGAAAGCGCGGUUGGUGGCCUACAAGACGAUGUGGAACGUUCAAUGCCCAACAUUUAAAACCACAGGAAGCAAUGAAAUAGAUAUAAUGGCUGCUUUCGAAGCUGCUAUUGAUGAUGGCGUUGACGUUAUAAAUUUUUCUCAAGGAUCAAUUAAUAGUGCUUAUCUUGAUGAUGCUGCAGGAAUAGCUACCUUCCAUGCCAUGAAGAAUGGCAUCCUCACUAUUGUUGCUGCAGGAAAUAGUGGGCCGAAUGCCGGGACUGCUGCAAAUAAUCAUCCAUGGGUGCUAUCUGUUGGUGCGUCUACUAUUGAUCGUGUUUUUUCUGCUCACGUUCUACUCAGCAACAAUCAGAAGAUCAAGGGUACACGGUUUUAUGAUUUUGUAGCAAAAGUUGACGUUCCUAGUGAAUUGUACCCACUAAUCACUGGUGCAGAUGCUCGCAUAUCUGGUGCUAAUGUUAGCGAUGCAUCAUUAUGUCAAGAAGGAAGUAUCGAUGUUGCGAAGGUGACUGGAAAGAUUUUGGUAUGUCGCAACGCUGGAAGAAUUGUUGGAAAAGAUGAAACAUUGGCUAGUGUUGUAGCUAGAGAUGCUGGGGCUGUUGGGAUGAUCUUUGUAUAUGAAGAGAAGAUAGGAGAUGGAGAUGUCUUUCACCAAUUUCAUGCAGUCAACACUAUAGUUCUUAGCUAUAAAGACGGCGAAACUCUUUUUUCUUAUAUUAACUCUACAAGGACUCCAACCGCGUCAAUCAGUGGCGUAACAAAUACAUUGGGAGUAAAGCCAUCUCCAAUCAUGGGUUUUUUCUCUUCGAGGGGUCCAAACCAGAAUAACCCUGGUAUUUUAAAGCCUGAUGUUACAGCUCCUGGGGUAGAUAUUCUCGCUGCUUGCCCUCCAGAAAUCUUUCAAAAUUCUUAUUGCAUGUUAACCGGAACAUCAAUGGCUAGUCCUCAUGUUACUGGUAUUGCGGCUCUUAUUAAGAAGCUACAUCCUGAUUGGAGUACAGCAGCUAUCAAAUCAGCAAUCAUGACUACAGCAAGUCCCCUUGAUAAUGAAGGGAUGCCUAUACGUGACAGUGACAAGAUAAGUGAUGCUAACCCAUUUGCAUACGGGUCGGGCCACGUUAAACCCAAUGCGGCAAUGGAUCCAGGGUUGGUUUAUGACAUGAACCAAUAUGAUUACCUAAACUUCCUAUGUGCAUAUCCUCCUGAGAGUACAACUCUUAAAGAAUUUAGCCAACAACAUUCUUACAAAUGCCCGCGCUCCUUCAACAUCUUGGAUUUCAAUUAUCCUUCCAUAUCGAUCGUAAAUUUUACCGGCAAUGCGAUAGUUACUCGGAAGUUGAAGAAUGUUGGACAACCUGGAACCUAUGUUCCACGCAUUGAGCCGCCACCCGGUGUCUCAAUUGUGGUGGAGCCUAAGACUUUGGUGUUCUCUCAAAAAGACCAAAUCAUUAUGUUUAAACUUAUCCUUACAGCGGAUAUCAAUCAUCUCUCCACUGACUACAUUUUUGGAAGUUUGGUGUGGUCUGAUGCUAAACAUGUUGUUAGAAGUCCUAUUACGGUCAAGGCUAAAAAUAGGUAGAUAGUUGUCUGUAGUAUUUGGAAAAAUUCAUGGGAAUAAUCCCACCUUUUGGCUGUUCAUUUUUAAUAAUCCCACCUUUGAGAUAUUUUUUAAUAAUCCGACCUUUAUCCCCCAUUCUUUUUUAAUGGUCCCAACCGGUCAUGUAAUCUGUUAUAGCAGGUAACAUGACACGUGGCAGCCUGUGAAUGGUAAAAAAAAAAGCAGAAAAAAUUAAAUUAACAAAAGAAAAAAAAAAAAAAAAAACAGCCAGCCACCAGGGAGCUAGCCCAACCACCAGCCCAGGCCAGCCCCCUACCGCCAGUACCUGCUCUGGCAGGGGCGCCAGCGGCCGUCGGCCUCCCUCCCCUUCCCCUCCUGCUUCAUUCUCUCCUUUCUCUUCCUCCAUGAUCACUCCAUCACAACCACCACCUGGGAAACGGCCGAACUGAACUCCCUAUACUACCCACGUCCAUUUUCGUCCUGGCAGCCACUCCCUUACCUUGCCUAAGCCCCGACAACCACCCCUCCCCCUGCCUUACCGCCGAAACCACCCUCCUUCCACAACCACUUGACCAGAACAGACCCCCUCCCCAGCCCCACCCUCGAAAUCGCCCCUAACUCGAACCCCCCACUCCGAAACCACCCUAAACCCUCACCCUAGAUAGCCCCUAACUUGGUUUUGGAAGUAAAGAAGGAAGGGGGUUCGAUUUCCGUUACCCUCAAAGGUGAACAAGGGUUUUGGGGAUGGGGGUUGAGGGGCAAGGUGGCUACGAUGUAAGCUUCGAUCUGGUGGUCGGGGCUGGUGGAGGAGGUGGCUGGGGCCAGUGGACGACGACAGCGGUGGCUGGGACUUGUGGAGGAGGUGACUGCCGGUUUUUUUGUUUUUUUUUUUUAAUUUUGUUUUUUAAUUUAAAAUUUUAGACAAAUUGUAUAGUGACACGUGUAUUUUAAACCAAAUUUUUUUUUUACCUCUUCUACUGGUUACUGGUCACCCGAGACCAUUAAAAUAAAGGGGGGGGGGUAAAAGGUCGGAUUAUUAAAAAAUAUCUCAAAGGUGAGAUUAUUAAAAACGAACGGCCAAUAGGUGGGAUUAUUUCCAUGAAUUUUUCCAUAGUAUUUUUCAUUUACAAUGUUUACUAGUACACUCCUUUAAUUUCUAUCCUACUAUAUACUUUGUAUAUAUUAGAAUGUACCAGAACCCGAGCUAGUGCGCAAGAAAUACUAGAACUAACUAUGCGCACGAAAUUAAUUUUAGAUAUAUUGUAGUAUUUGUGGCAAUUCAGAUGUAAGGAAUAAUGCAUGAAAAUAAAAAGAAUGCAUUAUGUAAAGACCAAGCCCUUGUAUUAAUUAUUACUUCUGUUAAUUUUUAGUUAUAAUAAAGGGGUGAUA